CGGGGGCUCGCCUCCCCGUCCAGGAGCUCAGGGGCCGGGCCGGAUGUGCCCGCGGGCCGGAGUUUGCCCACCUCUGGUAUAGCAUAUGACUGAUAUUUCACCCUUAAUUCACAACCGAGCAUUACAUUAAUUUAAAGAUAGGCACCUCGAGACGUAGUUUUAUAAUCGCACGGCUGCUUGCAGCUUGGACCCCUCCUCCACGGUCUCCUUAACGGUGCCCUUUUUUUUGUCUUGGGCCUCCAGCCGGAGAGAGCCCCGCCCCCCGGCCAGGUCAGCGCUGCUACAUCCGGGCUGGUGCUGAGGGCACCGGAAGGGGCUGCCGCAGCUGAGAGCCGGAGCCGGACCCAUACUGCACAGCUCUGCCCAGGCUCAGCACGGGACGCUGCUGCCUCCGUGUGAUCUGGGAGCCGGGCUGAGCCGCCGCCGCUGCUGCUUCCCCGGCUCGGUGCCCUGCAUGUAAAGCCUCCUGUGCCUCAGCCCUGGCGUUUCUCCAGCGGGAGCUAGCUUCGGGCUCUGCCGACCCCAGCCCCGGAGCCGGAGACUCCCUGGGAGAGGCCCCGGGGACAGCGCUGGGAGCGGCAGGAGGGCUCCAGAGUAACAUCCAUGUUUUCCUCCAGAUCGUCUCAUCCUCCCAUGGAACAGGGAAAAGAAAUGGCUGCUAUCAAGCCAGUCCAGCGGUUGGUGACAUUCGAGGAGGUGGCUGUGUAUUUCACCAAGGAAGAGUGGGCUCUGCUGGACCCUGCUCAGAGAGCCCUCUACAGAGAUGUCAUGCAGGAGAACUAUGAGAACGUGACCUCGCUGGCAGGUGACUGGGUGGUGAAUGAGGAUUCUGCUCCUGAUUCUCAACAGGCAGAUGCUAAGCAAGUGGAACUGCACAAAGUAUUAUCACAAAGAUCUAAAGGAAUUGUGUCCAGGAGUCAUGAGCAGGGAAAAGUUUGUGAGAGUCAGCACUGGCCAAAAAGGCAGCAGGGAAACCAGCCAGGGGAGAAACUGUGUAAAUCUACAAAUAGUCCAGGAACUCACAAAUACCUCAAGGAAACCAGAGCCCAGCAACGAAUCCCCCCAGGACAGAAAAACAACACAUGCACUGAAUGUGGGAAAACCUUCAGUAGCCCCUCAAAGCUUAUUAGGCAUGCGAGAAUCCACACAGGAGAGAGACCCUAUACCUGUUCUGAGUGUGGGAAAACCUUCAAUGAUAUGUCCCCCCUUAUUAGACAUGAAAGGGUCCAUAUAGGAGAGAGACCUUACGAAUGCUGUGAGUGCAGAAAAAGCUUCACUCAGAGUUCAGCACUUAUUAGACAUCAUAGAAUCCACACAGGAGAAAGACCAUAUGAAUGCUCAGAGUGUGGAAAAAACUUCAAUGACAACUCACACCUUCUCAGACAUGAGAGAAUUCAUUCGGGAAAAAGAGCCUAUAAAUGUUCAAUGUGUGGAAAAACCUUCACUUACCGCUCAGGCCUUAUUACCCAUCAAAGGAAACAGACCCUAUGCAUGCUGGGAGUGUAGGAAAAUCUUCACUGACUGACCAGGGCUUAUUUGUCUUCAGAGAUUCCACUCAGGAGAGAGACUCUAUAAAUGCUCAGGGUUUGGGAAGAGCUUUUAUGUGUGCUCACACCGUGUUGAGCAUCUGAGGAUCCACAAGAGUGAUAAACACCAUAAAAACUUGCCUAGGGCUGACAAAAUAUGUUUUCUUUAAUACUUUAGCUAAUUCCCACAUAGUGAACUCUAAGGCUAUUUGCACCAUUUGCUUCACCAUGGUCUGUCAGGUCCCCCAGAUGAGUUACCUGCUUUUGCCACAUACAGUGGUUGAAGUUUUCAAACACGUUUCUGCAUAAAGUAACCUGACCUCCACCAUUUUUCUUAGUUUAAAGAAACCUGGAGUAUCACUUUUAUAUUAUUCCUCCCACUGCAAAGUGAUUGUUAGAGUCACCGAGUUCCCCCUUUGGGGAUAGAUUGUUUCAUUUCCAGUUGUUCUCAUGUUACCCUGGGUUGUGCAGAGCAGCAUUCAUUUUUUCUCAUUUAAAAUAUAUUUAAAUAUAACCAAGAGCAGGGACAGGCAAAAGAAUGUUGUUUCAGCUUCUGUUAGACUGGAAGGUGAAGGGUGAGUUGGAGGGAUUCUCUCCUUCCCCAACACUCGAGUUGUGUCAGCUUCUGUCUGAGCCAUGCAAUAUUUAGAAUGUGGAGAAGAUAAUCCUCCACCUACUAAGGUGUCACAUAAUGCCGUAUUCUCAACUCGGUGAUUCAGAAUUGUGCUUUGAAAUCAGACUCAAUAGUGCUACAGAUGAAUGUAUCACAGUCCUGGAAGGGAAAUUUGAAUGGAUCCCAAACAGAAUGUGAUCAUAGAAUGUUACAGUUGGAAGAGACCUCAGGAGGUCAUCUAGUCCAAUCCCCUGCUCAAAGCAGGACAACACCAACUAAAUCAUCCCAGCCAAGGCUUUGUCAAGCUGGGCCUUAAAAACCUCUAAGGA